CCUCCACCCGCGGGAUCCCGGCGACGCGUCCGACGCGUCUGCGAGCCAGGGCUGCUGCGUUCUUCUGUCUAUCUGUCUGUCGGUCUGUCCUCGGCGGGCGAGGUCCGAGCUGGGGCGGAGGCAGGACCGUCCCCUCCUUUCCCUCCCUCCCUCCCUCCCUCCUGGGAGCCGGCAGGGAAGGAGCCAGCGCGGGGAGAUCACGGUCUUGAACACCAGUGGGGUGGGGCGUGCCCACGGCCCCCGCCCCCCCCAGGGGUCCCCCAGACUCUGCUUCCAGAGCAGCGAAAUCUCUGCGCUCCGCCCCCUUCCCUGGGAGAUCUGUGAGCACUCGGGCCGGCCAGGAGAGGGGACAGGGGUGCAGGGGUGCAGGGAGCCCCUACAGUGGAGCCGUCGUCGGGAGGGGCGGAACCGAGAGUCAGCCAGGAGUGAGGCACGGGGUCUGAGACGCAGAGCUGAGCGCGCAGUGAGCAGCAAGCAGGCUGGGACCGGGGCCUCCCGGGUGACAAGGCCCUGCGUGGCGGACCGAAGCAACCACAGAGAAUCGGGGAAAGGCAGGAGGACCUAGAGGGGCAAGCGCCUCACUCCCGCACCUGCACCGAGGGGACGGAGGAACUAAGAGCGCAUCCCCCGCCCCCCACACCUAGGACAGACGUUGCCUUGAGCGCACCCCUGUGUGCAACAGCUGCGCUCUGCGGGAAGGGGGGUCCUCGCUGCUGCGUCUGGAUGGCCACCCAUCCCCCCUAACCCAGGCCUCUAGGCCUUGGAGUGGAGCCCAGCUGGAAAAGAGGCCACACGCCUCGCCGCCCGCCCUGGAGAGAGAGAGGACGACGCUUCCCCGGUGCUCCCAGGCCCAGGAGGAGCUGGGCCAGCAACAGCGGUGACCUGGCCCCCCAGGCGGCAGCGGCCAUGUCACGGCCAGGCCAAGGUGUGAUGGUCCCGGUGAACGGGCUGGGCUUCCCGCCGCAGAACGUGGCCCGGGUGGUGGUGUGGGAGUGGCUCAAUGAACACAGCCGCUGGCGACCGUACACGGCCACCGUGUGCCACCACAUCGAGAAUGUUCUCAAGGAGGAUGCCCGGGGCUCCGUGGUCCUGGGCCAGGUGGACGCCCAGCUGGUGCCCUACAUCAUCGACCUACAAUCCAUGCAUCAGUUCCGUCAAGACACAGGCACCAUGCGGCCAGUGCGACGCAACUUCUACGACCCGUCGUCAGCGCCGGGCAAGGGCAUCGUGUGGGAGUGGGAGAGCGACGGCGGCGCGUGGACGGCCUACGACAUGGACAUCUGCAUCACCAUCCAGAACGCGUACGAGAAGCAGCACCCGUGGCUCGACCUCUCGUCGCUCGGCUUCUGCUACCUCAUCUACUUCAACAGCAUGUCCCAGAUGAACCGCCAGACCCGCCGCCGCCGCCGCCUGCGCCGCCGCCUGGACCUGGCCUACCCGCUGACGGUCGGCUCCAUCCCCAAGUCGCAGUCCUGGCCCGUGGGAGCCAACUCGGGCCAGCCCUGCUCGUGUCAGCAGUGCCUGCUGGUCAACAGCACGCGCGCCGCCUCCAACGCCAUCCUGGCCUCGCAGCGCCGCAAGGCGCCCAUUGCGCCAGCCGCGCCUCCAGCGCCCCCAGCGCCCCCGCCGCCGCCGCCGCCGCUGCCGCCGCCAGGAGGGCCUCCGGGUACACUCGCUGUGCGCCCCAGCGCCACCUUCGCCGCCGGGGCUGCGCUCUGGGCCGCACCUGCCGCCGGCCCCACAGAGACCGCGCCGCCUCCAGGAGUUCCCCCGCGGAGUCCUAGCGCCCCCAACGGAGCGCCCGCCCCGGGCCAGAAUAACCUCAGCCGGCCAGGACCCCAGCGAUCCACCAGCGUCAGCGCACGCGCCUCUAUCCCGCCUGGGGUUCCUGCACUUCCUGUGAAGAACUUGAAUGGCACCGGCCCUGUCCACCCAGCACUGGCCGGGAUGACGGGGAUCCUGCUGUGUGCAGCCGGGCUGCCAGUGUGCCUGACUCGAGCUCCCAAACCCAUCCUGCACCCGCCCCCUGUGAGCAAGAGCGACGUGAAGCCUGUUCCUGGAGUGCCCGGCGUGUGCCGCAAGACCAAGAAAAAGCACCUCAAGAAAAGUAAGAACCCUGAGGAUGUGGUUCGGAGGUACAUGCAGAAGGUGAAAAACCCACCUGAUGAGGACUGUACCAUCUGUAUGGAGCGGCUGGUCACAGCAUCCGGCUAUGAGGGUGUGCUCCGGAACAAGAGCGUGCGGCCCGAGCUCGUGGGCCGCCUGGGCCGCUGUGGCCACAUGUACCACCUGCUCUGCCUGGUGGCCAUGUACUCCAACGGUAACAAGGAUGGCAGCCUGCAGUGCCCCACCUGCAAAGCCAUCUAUGGGGAGAAGACGGGGACACAGCCUCCAGGGAAGAUGGAAUUUCACGUCAUCCCGCACUCGCUGCCCGGCUUUGCAGACACCCAGACCAUCCGCAUUGUCUACGACAUCCCCACGGGCAUCCAGGGCCCUGAACAUCCCAACCCAGGCAAGAAGUUCACCGCCAGAGGCUUCCCUCGCCACUGCUACCUACCGAACAAUGAGAAAGGCCGGAAGGUGCUGAGGUUACUCAUCACCGCCUGGGAGCGCAGACUCAUCUUCACCAUCGGCACAUCCAAUACCACGGGCGAGUCGGACACCGUGGUGUGGAACGAGAUUCACCACAAGACGGAGUUCGGUUCCAACCUCACUGGCCACGGCUACCCCGACGCCAGCUACCUAGACAACGUGCUAGCCGAGCUCACCGCCCAGGGCGUGUCUGAGGCCAUGUCUAAGGCCUGAGGCCUGAGUUGCCUGCCUUUCCUCUUGCUUUGCCCCUAGCCAGGCAUAGGCCUCCCUCCAGCAGGUGGGAGGAGCCAGAAGCGCUAAGGGGAUCUGGCCGGUGGCUGUGGGGGGUGACAGGGGAACGCCAGGCCAGCUGGCUCCAACAACCUGUGGCUCCCAGCAAGGGCAACAGAGACAGUAUGGCCAGAGAGGGCAACCUCCCUAUGGAAAAGAUGAAGCUUUGCCCUUCACGCCACACACACACACACACACACACACACACACACACACACACACGUCCUGUUACACACACACGUCCUGUUGCACGCACACGCACACGCUCACGCACGUACACCCACGUGCCUCUGACUUCCCCCCUGUUUGCAGGGGAUGGGGAGGAAAAGAGACAGAAAGGCUCCCAUUGACGACACAUCCCGUGGAUCCUCCCACUGUGUCUCCAUCACAUCUAUGUAGGCUCGUCCCCUUCCCAGGAUUUGGGCCAAGCGCUGGGGGAAUGGGGAGUCUGUAAGGUUUCCAGGGGCCGGUCUGCCCCUGCGCCUCACCCUCUUAACCCAUGCCAGCUCUGCCACCUGCCUGCCCACUGGGCACUGCAAGCCAAUGGGGUAGAAAUCCCAGGCUACAGAGUCGCUUUUCGCGGGCCACUGGGGACGAGGCUUUCUUAUUUUGUGCUUGUGUCUAUUUAUCUUCCUGGGACCCCCACCCCACCCCACCCCACCCUCUUCCUCCUGUGCCCAUCUCUAGACCUCUGUGUAUCCCAGGCAACGGCGUCAUUCUUGCCUCUCUCUAUGCCGGCUUCUCCCCCACAAAACCGCUCCGGACAUUUGAGACCCAAAAGCUGUAGCUUCUGGCUUCAGGAGCGAGGGGAGGCCUUGUUUCAGGCCCACGCGUUGAAAAUGGAGAGCAGGCGGCAAAGUGUUAAACUUCUCGCUCCUUGGAAGUGGGCAGUGGGCGGCUGAUCGUCUCAGGCCAACCAGAGGCCCGUUGCCCAGGCAACUCACCAGCUCCGCCUCUGAGGAUUGGCUGCUGCGAUGGAAGUCAGCCAAGCUUUAAAGGGACGCCAGCGAUUGCUCUUUUGAAAGGGAAAAAAAAAAAUCUACCAGUCCCACUGUGGGUGGAGAAAUAAAUGGUCUUUCUCCUU